AUGUCAGAUAAUGUUUCGAACGCUGUUCAAAAAUUAUGGACAUCAUAUUCAAAGAAUACACCACAAAGCCUUCAACUUAUUGAUGCUUAUUUAGUUUUUAUUCUCUUUUCUGGUGUUAUCCAAUUUGUGCAUUGUGUGCUUGUUGGAACCUACCCAUACAAUGCUUUUUUAGCAGGAUUUAUUUCUACCGUUGGUUCGUUUGUGUUGGCAGCUAAUUUACGGAUUCAAACUAAUCAGGACAACGCAGGCGAAUUCAAAACAAUAUCUCCAGAGAG